AUGGCGCAAAACAACCAACCCGCUAGUUUCGAGGAAAGCAUUCCACCAACGCCGGUCUAUUCUCAGCCGCUCAUGACUCAUGCACCGCUACCACCAACCCCUGCGGGCGCGCCUCCGACACACUCGGGAGUAGUUCCGCCACCAGUCCCAUCGCCGGAAACUCGAGCACCGUCCACCUCCACUGAUGGUGCCCGCAUCGUCACAUUGGAAGGCGACAUCACCACAUUGAGGGGUACGAUCAACCAGAUGGCUGCUGACAUGGUCGAGCUCAUGGCCUUGCUCAAGGGCCCAAACCGCGCCUCCUCAAACUCUACUCCGCCUCCGGGGUACGGGCCAACGGUCGACCCAAACCCUUGGGUCUCGCCGACCCAUGCUCCGGAAGGUGUUGAAGCACCUGCAAUACACGCACCGACGGGUCACCCGGCCAAUGUCCCUCCGCCAUCGGUGACUCUCUCGGCGGUCAUUCCUCCUCCACCGUCGGAUCCGACCACUCUUGUACCGCCGCCGAUGUCCAUACUGGUUACGGCUCCUGUUUACGCAGCUCCUCCGCCGAUGGUCUUCCCGGUACCAAACCUCCACGCUCCCGUUUAUACAUCCGAGCCUCUCGCAUUCCCAGCUCCACAACCCUAUAUCAGCUUCUCCUACCCAGCACCACCUCCCGUAAAUAUUCCUGUCUCUGAACCAAACACGCCAACUCAGGCGGCCUUCGCAGCUCCACCAACAAAUUGUCUCCUAGAGACGGAGGUCGAGCAGGAGCAGAGAUUUUUGAAGAUGGAAGAGAACAUCAAAGCCCUACAAUCAGGUGGCUCCCGCCUCGAUGCCGGUGAUGGCGAUUGGAGUCUUUUCUCGGCUAUGCGGCUACCCCCGAAGAUUAAGGCGCCUGAAUUCCAAAGGUACCAUGGCACGACCGACCCUCGUCACCAUCUCCAUCACUACAGGGGAAAGAUGUUGCAGUACUGGGACUACGAAGAGUUCGUCAUCCACACGUUCCAGGACAGUUUGGCGGGAGCGGCUCUUGACUGGUACAUGUCACUGAAAGCCGCGGAUAUCCCUACAUGGGCGGACCUAUCGGGCAAAUUCAUCGACCAGUACAAGUACUGUGUAGAGACGCCCCCGACCCUGUUGGAGCUCAGUACAAUGGAAAUGGCCGAGGACCAGGGCUUCGAGGCCUACGCAGUGAAGUGGCGGGCUAGAGCGGCGAAGCAUGUCCCCCCAAUCAGUGAAGCACAGCAGAUCCAGUUAUUUCACUCCAUUCUCACAAAGGCCUACUACUUGCACCUAUUGGCCCAUACUUCCUCAUUCUCCAGUCUGAUCGAUGCUGGGAAGAAACUUGACAUGGGCAUCAAGCUUGGGAAGAUAGAAGGAUCGACCGGAAAGGAGGGGCAGUCAUCCAAGAAUGCCACUACUGCGCCAUCACCAACGAGUAACAAAAAGGGCAGAGACGCGUCCGUUAAUGCCGUCAGCCUUGGACGCCAAACCCCCAUGCAGUACCAGCAGCAAUACCCGGCCCUGCCGAUUAACUACUCGACGCCACCAGCUUAUCCUCCGCCACGGGCCCCGCAACCAUACGAUCAUAAUUACGCGCCUACCCCUCACUGGGCAUCUCCAAAUAGGCCCCUAACUUUAGGAGUUCCGCCAUCGGCUCAAAGAGCCCCAACUUUGCAACCUCGACAAGGAGGACAAGCUAGGCCGCGUCUGCAAUACCCACCUUUUCUGGUUCCCCAGUCACAAGUCUAUCGCCAACUUUUGGCAGCUAAGGAAAUUAGACCCGUGGCCCCUCAUCCUCAGUUCAAUCCUGCGAAUCAAGAUCAGAAUCUCCAUUGUGAAUACCAUAUGGGCGCUCCGGGCCACACUACGGACGAUUGUUAUACCCUCCGGGGCAAAUUGCAGGAGAUGAUUGAGAAGAACCGACUCUCUUUCAAUGAAGUCAAGCCACCAAAUGUCCAGGCUAACUCCCUCCCCGACCAUGGAUCAAGCUUUGACGCGGCUAUCAAUCUGAUAGGUAUUUGCCCUAGGGGCAAGGACAAGGCCGAAGAGGAAAAGCUGAUUUUCCCAUGA